AUGUCAUCCUUUAAAAAGUCGUACGAUAUUAUUAUUGCAGGUGGAGGUCAUAAUGGACUUGCAUGUGCUGCCAAGUUGAAGAAAACAAUGCCAUCAUUAUCAAUUUGUGUUUUAGAAAAGAGACAUGUGACUGGUGGAUGUGCAAUUUCUGAAGAAAUGGAGCCAGGAUUUAAAUUUUCACGUGCUUCUUAUUUAUUUAGUUUGUUUAGACCACAUAUUAUGGAUGACUUGGAUUUGAGAAGAAGAUUGAAAUUACUUCCUAGAAAUCCUUCUUCUUUUACUCCAACUUUGGAAAAAGAUCAAUAUCUAUUUAUGGGAAGUGAUUCUGAAAUGAAUUUUAGAGAAAUUUCUAAAUUUUCAAAGAAGGAUGCAAAGAAUAUGGAACUUUAUGAAAAGCAAUUGCAAAGAGUUGCAGGAGCUGUUGAGAAAUUAUUAGAUUGUGGUCCAAUUGACUUGGGUAUUGAUGAAGAUGCAACCACAAGGGAUAUUCUUUUUGAUAGAGAAAGUGGUAUCAUUGGUAACAAGGAAAAUAGAGAAAGAAUGAGGAAAUUAGUUGAAGCUGGUCGUGAAUUGGGUCUUUCCAAUAUUAACACUGCAUUUGAUGUUUUCACAAGUCCAGCAACUAAAAUUUUGGAUCACUGGUUUGAAAGUGACAUUUUGAAAGCUACUCUUGCAACUGAUGCUAUUAUUGGUGAAUAUUGCUCACCAAAUACACCAGGUAGUUCCUAUGUUUUGUUGCAUCACGUUAUGGGUGAUAUUGGUUUUGGAAAGGGUAUUUGGGCCUAUGUUGAAGGAGGAAUGGGUUCUGUCACUCGUCAUUUGACUGAUAUCAAUAAGGAGCUUGGUGUUGACGUGUUCACAAAUGCAAAUAUUAAACAAUUCACAUUCAACCAUUCAAGCAAACGAUGCACAGGUGUAGUCCUUGAAGAUGGUACUGAAAUCCUUGCCAACAAGGCUGUGGCCAGUAAUUGUGAUCCUCACACAACAUUCAGAAAGAUGGUUACAGAAUCGGAUUUAUUGGCAACAUAUGGAGAAGAUUUUGCCAGGAAGGUCGAUAAUAUUGAUUAUUCUAGUGCCACAUUCAAGAUUAAUCUUGCAGUUAAUGCAUUGCCACAGUUUAAAUGUUUCUCCUCACCAAAGAGUGAAAGAAAGUCGAAUGGAGCUGGUAAAGAACACUUUGGUACCAUUCACUUUGAAACAAGUAUUCAAGAGAUUGAGGAUUCAUAUAUUCAAGCUAAAUCCUCAAAAUUAUACUCCAGUAAUCCAGUUAUUGAAAUGACCAUUCCUAGCAGUUUGGAUAGUACUCUUGUUAAAGAUCCAAAUCAUCAUGUCAUUCAGUUAUUUACACAAUAUGCUCCAUAUGAUUUGAAGGAAGGUUUCACAUGGGAUGAAAAAUUAAAGAGAGAAUAUGUCAAUAAGGUUUAUGAUAAGAUUGAAAGUUAUGCUCCAGGUUUUAAGAAUUCAAUUAUUGCUGAAGAUUUAUUAUCACCUCUCGAUUUGGAAAAGACAUUUGGAAUUAAGGGAGGUAAUAUCUUCCAUGGUUCCAUUCGUUUGGAUCAAUUGUAUUUGAAUAGACCUUUCAGAGGUUUCUCAAAUUAUCGUUACUUUAGUAAGAAACAUGGUGUUGGUGUCAGUAACUUAUUCUCAUGCUCUUCUGGAAUGCAUCCAGGUGGUGGUGUAAUGGCUGGUCCUGGAUAUAACUGUGCUCAUUCAAUCAUUUCUUCUCUCGCCAAUUCUUCCCUCUAAAAGGUGUGAUUCAUGUCUUGAAUGCUGCUAUUCUGAGCACACAUCAUUGCACAAAUGAGAAAUUUCUAUUAUAAUAAAAACAUUGUAAUUACCAUCCUUCGAGUGAAAGCAUCCUAAUUUGAAAUAAGGCGUUUGCUAACAUCCUAUUAGUUACCGAAAUAUUGGCACAUAUCAAAUUUCUUUACACGUGCUGAUUUAAAUCUCCAAAGAGAAUGCAAAAUGUCAGCAACUGUCAAUUGGAUUGGAAUUUAGCCAUUGGUCUAGUAUUCAACCGGUGAACAUAUUCGAAAACUGGCGAAACCCUUAUCGACUUUCAACAAUAAAAUAAGGGAGUAUAACCUCAAUAUCAUGACGGACAGGGAUGUUUUUGGCAGGUAACAAGCUCAGGAAUUUCUUGGCAAUAUUAUUUUACAAAUAUGGCCACAUUUAAAGC